GUGAAAGGGAAAAGAGACGUGGCGAAAAUUGGUGAAUAUCGGCGUCCUCCAAGUUUGUCCUCUAUCAACGUCUUUGGAGAAAGCUGGCGUUGAAUAGAGCAAAGCCGCCGAAUCUGUUCUUGAGCCGUGAUAUUGUAGCCUAAAUGCGCUCACACCGGCAAUUUUUGCUAAAUGGGUGAUUACGGUUUCGCCCUGCAGUCUGCUUUCUCCAGCUAUACCAGAAAUAACAACAACAUCCCGGCGUUUUCUCCGAGCAAGCACUAUAGCAGCACGACGAGUGUAGUGUAUGACAUCCUCAAUAAUAAUUCGUCUUUGUUUUUCCCCGUUGCAGCUCAGCAAACCAUGCAGGAUGAUUUACUGAUGGACAAAAGCAAAGCUCAGCCCCACCAGCAAGACCCAACAAACGUAGACCCUCCUUCUACCCCGACCCCCUCAUCAGAAACCCCAACCUCGGAGGAGAGUCCAUCGAGUGUGACUAACCAAGCACCCUGCGCUCAAAACAACAAAGAGAAAGUACCGAUGGAGUCGCCGAUCCUGCCGGGGUUGAGCUUUCAUCAGCCGCAGGAGACCGGUGGCACCUCCUUGUCCCCAUCAUUUGGUAGCACUUGGUCUACUGGAACCACGAACACCGUGGACGAUAGUUUUUUUCAAGGAAUACCAUCAGUUAAUGGGACUAUGCUUUUUCAAAAUUUCCCACACCAUGUCAACCCGGUUUUCGGAGGGAAUUUUUCACCACAAAUUGGAUUGGCACAGUCACCGCACCAACAGCAGCAAGCACAGCAACAGCAGCCCCAGCAGAGGAGGUCUCCUGUUAGUCCCAGCCAUGCCUCUUUCCCCCAGAGAAACGCAUACAGUCACCAGACCGUCAUGAACAGCAAGGCUUCGUCGUCUUCUGCGUCGUCCUCAGCAUGGAAUAACCAUCAGAACGCACCGUGGAGCACAGGCUCCAAUCCCUGGAGCGGGCUCCAGGCAGGCAGGGACCCACGGAGAGCGGUGGGAGUCGGUGUUGGGGUGGGGGUCGGUGUCGGGGUGCCGUCUCCCCUCAAUCCUAUCUCCCCGAUGAAAAAGCCCUAUCCGAGCAACGUCAUUGCACCUCCGAAAUUUCCCCGACCUGGUCCCAUGACCCCUAAGUCUUGGAUGGAAGACAACGCCUUUAGGACAGACAACAGCAACAAUAUGCUACCUUUUCAGGACCGGAAUCGGCCCUUUGAUCCAUUUAACUUGCAAACUUUGGAGAAUUCCUUAAUGGAUAUGAUAAGGACUGAUCACGACAAAGGUAAACCACACCCAGUCGGUGGCCCACCAAUGACUAUCGCUGAUAUUAUAUGGAGGAAUCAUUUUGCAGGACGCAUGGGUUUGAAUUUCCCCCACCCAGCAGCUGACCACAUCAUGCCCCUCAACACCAGGAGCUAUGGCCGCAGAAGAGGUCGUUCUUCACUGUUUCCCUUUGAGGAUGGCUUCCUUGACGACGGCCAUGGCGAGCAGUCGCUGACGCCCGGGAUGAGUUCUCCCACACGUUGCCAGAACGGGGAGAGGAUGGAGCGCUACUCCAGGAAGGUGUUUGUCGGAGGCCUGCCCCCUGACAUCGAUGAAGAUGAGAUUACCAACAGUUUCCGUCGCUACGGACACCUAGUGGUGGACUGGCCCCACAAAGCCGAGAGCAAAUCCGAGAGCAAAUCCUACUUUCCACCCAAAGGUUAUGCCUUCCUGCUCUUCCAGGAGGAGUCUUCAGUUCAGGCCCUCAUCGAUGCCUGCAUUGAGGAGGACCAGAAGCUCUACCUGUGUGUCUCCAGUCCCACUAUCAAAGACAAACCGGUCCAAAUCCGCCCCUGGAACCUGAGCGACAGUGACUAUGUGAUGGACGGAUCACAGCCACUUGACCCUCGGAAAACCAUUUUUGUUGGCGGGGUCCCACGACCUCUUCGUGCAGUGGAAUUGGCUAUGAUCAUGGAUAGGCUGUAUGGAGGCGUGUGUUACGCUGGUAUUGACACUGACCCGGAGCUGAAGUACCCCAAAGGGGCGGGCCGUGUGGCCUUCUCCAAUCAGCAGAGCUACAUUGCUGCAAUCAGCGCCCGAUUCGUCCAGCUGCAGCACAAUGACAUUGACAAGCGGGUGGAGGUGAAGCCCUACGUCCUGGACGACCAGAUGUGUGACGAGUGCCAGGGGGCGCGCUGCGGAGGCAAGUUUGCCCCCUUCUUCUGUGCCAACGUCACUUGCCUCCAGUACUACUGCGAGUACUGCUGGGCGAGCAUCCACUCGCGCGCCGGCCGUGAGUUCCACAAGCCCCUGGUCAAGGAAGGGGGCGACCGGCCUCGCCACGUGUCCUUCCGCUGGAGCUGAUGGGUGGGGGGGGGUCGUUAAAGACAGACCUGCCCCCCCAUUACCCCGGAGCCCAGCUAGAUGCCCCAUCAUCCCACCCACCCCUGCAAACCACCCCCACUCCUGUGCCCUCCAGUGUCCAACCCAUUGACCCACUCGCUCAGCACCCUAUUCGCCUCUACCAACAUCCUCCAUCAUAACCACCAAAUCAACAACCACGAAUACAUGGGUCUUUUUAAAAUCCCUUAACUUUUUUUUUUCGUUUGUUUUGGUUCCAUUUUUUUUUAAAGAAAUAAUGCAGUUUCAAUGCUCUUAACAUUUUGUCCAGUGUUUGGUUUGUAAUAGAUAAAAAAAAGAUAUACUAAGCGGAUGAUUAAGAAAAAUAAGACUAGUGACCGCUCAGAAAUUGCACUUUUGCAUGUCAACCCAAACAGACCACACUCAUAUUAGUCAAAUCUUCAGACCCGGUUCACCAUCCUUAUUCUUUUCAACAUUUACCCCCUCCCCCCGUCCCCGUCUCCCCGUCCCCCGUCCCGCUGGGUAGGUCUGGGGUUGUUGUGACCCACUUUCAAGCGAAGACAUGAGUGAAAUUACACAUAUGAAUAUUUAUAAAAUCUUAUAUUUUUUGUUUUUCUAUCUAUCUAUUCAUGUAGAGAUAAUUAAUUUUUGUGUGAAAAGAGCAUGCACUUAUUUUCAGAAAAUGUAGAAGAUUGCCCCUAUUAAAAAUGACCAAAGGUAUAAGCAAACUAAUAUGUAAGAAAAAAAAAAAACAUAGGUAGGUGGCAAAAAUGUAGCGAAAAUUGACAGCUAUCCGAUACUCAGUAGUAUGGUUCAAAAUACCCUAAUUAGAAUAACAAACCUUAUAUUGGACCUCCAUUUUUUUUUUUUUUGGAAAUGUCAAUACCUCAUACAGGCAAUCAGAUACUUUUCCUCCCUUCCCCCUCUUUGUUUUAAAUUGUGUCUUUGCCCUUUGUUUUGUUUUUUUUGUUUGUUUGAUUUUUUUUAACAAGAUAUUAAUUUUAAGUGUUCUGUAAAUGUAAUGCUGCAAUAGCUUUUGCUGCUAAAUCCAUGAUGUGAGGCCGACACAUUAGUACUCUAUUCAGGCCUAGGGUGUUGAAUAUAGUCCCAGUGAAGACACUUGAUUAUUUUUUUUAUUUUUAUUUUUAUUUUUUUAAAUUUUAAACAGACGAGAUGCUGGCAUGAGAGGGGGUGGGAUGCAGUCCCCCCUCUGAAUCACUUGGGCCCAGGGUUGGGGGUGGAGAGUGACAUCGCCCCUAACUGCAUGUUUAUCUCAAUCAGGUUGCUGCAUGCAAUAGAGUUUUCAGUAUCAUGUCUACUAUUCAGCGCGGCCAACUUCUUUUGCACAACACCAGAUAUAGACAUUAAGACUUUUCUUUUUUUUUGAGCACGGAACUGGACACGACAGGGGGAAGUUAGUUGAAAUGCUUAAAAAAGGUAUGAAAAUUAUAAUAUGACCCUUCAGUAAACCCCUUUUGAUAUUGGCUCGCUGGCUGUUUGGUGAGCAUGAUGAAACCUGAUUAAUCAAUAAUUACAGCUACGAAAAUAAAAAAAUUAGAUGUAGGAUAUACUUUCAAAACAACUGUCUAUGAUAGGUGAAGUACUUUUUGCAGUGAUUGUUAAUAUAAUUGUGCAAUUUUUUAUACAGUAUGUAGUUAGGUCUGAGUAUGCCUAGAACUGUGAUUCGCUUUAACUGUUUUUGAUGUCCGACAUAGAAGUCCUGUGAAACUUCAUAACCAGUGUAUGUAAACAUACUGUAUGUCCAAGCUUAUGCACGUACACACUUACACCACACAAACACUCUCAAACACGUCUCUCCCUAGUAGUUAGUUCUCCUUUACUCAAACAAGAGACCUGUGCACACACUUUAGUAAACAUGCACACUUUUCCAGUACUUUUCUAAUAGUUCCACACACGGACACACAAACACACACACACACACACACACACACACACACACACACACAAUACAGGAGGUGAGAUUGACUGAAAACUAUGGCGUAUCAGUCUCCUUCCUCCAUUAACACAAUAUGUGAUCAUUGCCCCCCCCCCUCCCCCCCGAGAAAGAAAAAAAAAACAACCAAAGAGCUUACUUGUCUAACAUUGAAACCACCAACACACUACCACAACAGGCUGAUACUGUGUUGGGCCACUUGUUUGAUGACUUGCCUAGCAGAUGCAAGCAGAUGCAUUUUGGGAGGGAAAAACAGAGGAUUUAAUUUUUUAAUUUUUUGUUUUGUUUUAAAGAACACUGGCUCUAAAGAAGAAAAAGAGACUGUGGAGAUGAAAGUGGGUGGUUAAGAUUACGAGCUCUCUCAGCCUGCACAUAAUGUGUUAACACCGUGGCAAUGGCAUUGCUACAACAUUGCCAGAGCAUUGUGUGCAUUUAUAUCCAGAUUCUUUCCUGCAAAGCUUGAAGUAUAGAAUAACGACCUGCUAGAAUGGUAGAAUUUUUUAAUUUGAUAAAUUUUAUCGUUCAUUAGGCAAAAGGCUGAAUAUAUUUGGGGGUCUAGGGUUGACCACGUUGGUAGUUACAGGAUGCAGUGGCUGAGAAGCGCAGUUCUGGUUGCUGAGAAGGGGAUUGGUCGAAUUGUGUGGAGGGUGUGAUUAGGAGUUUUUUGUUGUUUUUUUUAAAAAACUUUUUUUCUAAGCUGAUCUGAGGACAAUACCCAGGGCUGUUACUCCCACCGCUGCAGAAGAUGCAGAAUGUGAGUCCCGUUCCAUCCUCUCUUAGCGUUGUGAACUCCUGGUUAACCGCUAAACCCCUGCAGUCUUUUUGCUUUUGGUCACAGGCUGUCAGGCUUAGGGUGAGCGUUUAUAUUCAUUUUGGUUUCAGGAAUCUUAUAUAAAGAAAACUUUUUUUUCCCUUUUUUUUUGUUUAAUGAGGAAAAAAACUUUAAAGAGGCUAACCAUGAGUAAUAAUUAUCCCUAUGAAAGUGAAUUCUGGGUGUUUUUGUGAUCUUUCUUUCUCCACCCAGAUGGGUUUUCUAUGUUGGUUCAUCCUCGAUGAAACACCUUUGUUAUGCACUACUCUUUCUAUCUGGACAGUUUUGGACAGUCAGUUAUAUUUUUUUUAAGAGAGAGAACGAGAGAGAGAAAAAGAAUAAAAGCGAUACGUGUGCUUUCUGACUGACAUGAUCUUUUGCAAUACCUCAAUUUUGAAAUAUAAUAGGAGAGAAAUUGAUAUUUUCUAAGUAAGUUUAUUCAGAUAAAAAAGUAUAUAUUAAUUUAAUUCUGCAAGAAAAAUGAUUUAACAGAUGGUUAAUUUUAUUUUUGUCAUGCUUAUUUGCUUUUAUUUUUAAUUUUAUUUUUGGAGAAAAUAGAAAAAAUAUAUAUACUGAAGGAGUUAGAGCUUUAUAACUUUAAUAUAAUGACGUAGUUAGCUGAAGUACAGAGUCUACCUUAUUAUCGAGCUAAAGGAGAACCAGUCCCCUCACUGGAGUAAUCACCUAACAUGGUGAUACAAGUAGAGAAGCAGUCCCUGCCUAUUCGAACCCAAGAAAAGAAAAGACAUAGUCCAUCAGGUGCUGAAGAUAGGCAACUGAAAAGAUGUUCCCUUAUUUUGUAUAUUUAUAAUCAAUCAUUUACUACUCUGACCAGAAUUGUGAAAGAGAUCUUCUGUUCUUUUUUUUUAAGAAAUUAUUUUUUAUUAUUAUUUUUAAAACUAUUGUGCUCCCUUUUGUUUGUUCGUUUUUUCUUUCACUUGUUUGGUUGAUUUUGUAAAAGCAUAAACCCAGAUUUAGUAAGCUGAAAUCACUAAUAAAGACAGAGACCUUUGAGAGAGAGCACGAGAGAGGGGUUCUUUGAUGAAAGGUGGAGGGAGCGAGAAAAGAAUGUUAUUUUAUAAAACUACAAAAGAUACAAAAGUGUUUAAACUGUAACUUGAUCGAAAGCCCCCAAGGUGCAUCAAAGGAGUGGUGGCCUUCCGUUCACGCAAGACUUGAAUUAGACCCAUUUUUUUAAGGCUAAGAACCUUCUUUGUUGUAAUGUGCAAUACUGUUUGUACUGUUUGUAAAAAAGAAGAUAAAAAAAGAAAAAGAGGCGUAAAUCUUUAUUGCAAAUUUAUUUUCAUUGCAAGCAUUGUGAUUCACUAAAAUCAUUUUCUACUGUGUAUUUACCUACUCUACAUGCUAGUACCUUCCAGUAGUAAUGUAGCCUUUGUACUGAGAAAUUUUUCAUUAUUUUUAGAGAUUUUUGCAAAAAAGAAAAUAAUUAAAACAUAUUUACAUAUUUUUCAUUUUUAUUUCGUAUUUUCUUUACAGACUUAUUUCUCAACCAUUAAUAUAGCUAUUUCUGGGGGAGACUUUCAUAUCUGGUCAAUGUCAUUAAUAUUAUUUUGUAUUUUUACUUGGAAUAAAUUAAUUUUAUGAUAAUUCUUAAAAAGGUUUAUUUUUUCUUUGUUCAUUUUAUUUUUUGAAGCUGAAAACCUUUAUAAUAUUGUUACUAAAGUGUCUAGAUUUUUGAAAUGCAAAGCUUUAUGUGUUACCUUGCUGAUAUUGCUGACAUUAGUGUGAAAAUGAUCUUAACUACAAAAAAAACACUUGAAAACCACAGAACACAAUGAUGGUUCGUAAUGUACAUGAUUUGGCUUUGUAAUGAAUGAAUGGGCAAUAAAAGACAUAAGCAGAAUGCAGCAGACAUUCAAAAUAUUUUGAUCAUGUGCAAGGCAGACAACAAUACUGAUCAAUCCACUGCUGCUGCCUCUUCUGCUGUCCGUGCCACCCAACUUAGUUAAGUACAACCACCAACAAAAAAAAAAACUAAACUUCUUAUUGCGGCCCUUAGGAGAUGUCAAAACAAUUUCUGGAAUUUUCUCUGACCCCAUAUAUUCACAUUUUCUCUUGUUUAAUCUGAAGCUGCCCUCUGGCGUUCCAGCCUUGAAGGCUAGUGUGAUUGUAACUUAGCUUGAAUGUAUUAGGGCUACUCACAGACAGUAAAUUGGUGUAUCUUAAGACAGUGUUGUACAGCAUAGCCAUUCCAUGACUAUGGAAUUCCUGCUCAACCACCAAAAUAUGUCUCAAACUCACACCAUGCAAUAUAUUGGACAUUUACAGUACUCCUGGCUGCUGUGCUUUCUUUUUUUAAGCUGCUGGGAGAAGACUGCCAGUAGUUAUGAUAGAAAUUGAUAGAAUCUCAGCUUUCACUUGAAGGUCCCAGAGAGGUUUUGGCAUCUCCUUCUCAUGAGGCCUCCCUGAGUCAUUGGACAACGUCCUAUCUAGCUUUCCCCCUUGGACAUUUGGACAGGAGGUCCUUCACUAACCCACAUCUAGUACUAACAUCAUGGUCCCCACCACCCCUUGCUUAAGGGCCAGUAUUACUGUUGUACCACCAAGUAUUGAUCUAUAUUUAUUCAUUUGUUUUAUGAAUCCAUUUUUUGCAACCAUUUUAUACCCUAACAAGUGAUAACUGAAUGACUGAAGGUGUCACAAAAGUUUGGUGGGGGGCAUAAAAGGAAAAAAAAAAAAUCAAGAAAAAAGGGAAAAAUGCGAAGAAAACCAACAAAAAAGCCAUGUGUUUGGUGAAGGUGGCCAUCUCAUUUUCUCUAUAAAUGUCUAUAUAUUUCAUGUAACACUAUAUUUGGGUAGUAUGUAUACACUUCUGUUCCAUGGACGUUCUCUCUGGGCAGCCUAUAGCCCGCUCAAUCAUGUUGUGAUUUCAGAAAAAAAAAAAGAAAAUCUAAAAGGUUGACAAACUGCUACCUUCUAGCUGUGUUCUUAAACUAACCACUACUUCUAAAUGUACCUUUUUUAAGAUGUAUUUUCUUUUUCUAAUUUAUCUUUUUAAUUUAAGUGACAUUACUGGUUCUAUCUUGACACGGCUUUGAGAUUGUUGACCUGGACCUAUGCUUGUCUGAAGUUGCAGUAAAACUGUGAUAGAAGAAAAAAAACAAAAAACAAAAACAUGGAGUGCAAUGCUGCUAAUGCUUUCUACUUGCUUCAAAGUUUGUAGUUCCCACCUUCAUGAGUUCCCCCCUCCCUUUUCUGUACUAAUAAGCAAAAUCUUAUUAAAUGUAGUUGUAUGA